CAUGAGCAACCGGCGUUUUGUGGCGGGAAACAAGCCGAAAUUAGCUCGGUAAAUUUAGCUCGGCUUAGUUGUGUUGAGAGCAGUUUAAUUUAGCUUCAUUCACUUAGCAUUAAAGCUACAAGCCAGGAGAGAAGUCCGUUUGAGUUAAAGAGUUAACUUAAACUACGUUGUGUCCGUCUGUUAAUGACAUUUAUCAAAUAGUCAGCUAGCUGAGUUGGCUAGCUCUAUUAGCAGCGACCGCUAAGCUAACAGUUAGCUCGGUAGCAUUAGCCCUCGUCAGCAGCAUCCAGUGUGCGUUGUCCACUCGGACAAGCUCCCUAAACGUUCACUUUACCCGAUUAGAAGAAUGGCAGCAGUGAGAAAACAGAUGAAGAAAAAACACCCGGAGGAAAAGUUGGAGAAGAAAGUGUUUGAGUUCAUCCAAGAGGAUGAAAAGAAAGAGCAGAGCGGCUCGGAUGACAGCGCCAGAGAUGAUGAAACUCCAAUAGUGGACAAGCAGGGCAAGAAGAGACCCGCAGCGGACUUUGAUGAGGAGGGGGUGACUCAUGCUGUGGGAAAUGAGGUCCAGUCCAUGUUGGAGAGAUUCGGAGCUUAUCCCCUUAACGCCUGA